AUGAGUUGCUGUUCAGAUAUAAUUCUUGUGAUCAUCUCACUUUUCUUGCCACCGGUGCCAGUAUUGAUUAGAAGAGGCAUCUGCUCGGCCGAUUUCUUCAUAAACAUUGCGCUCUGCUGUCUUGGGUUCUUGCCUGGAUUGAUCCAUUCGUGGUACAUCAUUGCUAAUUAUCCUGGCACUAGACUUUGGGAUGCUGAAGCCGCAAUUUAUUACGUCCCCGUGGUCCAGCCGAGACCAACCAACAACAAUUCCAAGGGGAAAAAGAAACAUCAUCCUGAGGGAACUUCGAAUACCACCACUCCUUUGAUUUCUAACCAAAGAGGAAACUAUCAUUCUGUUGAUGAUGGGGUUGGCACUUCUGCCCGCUUGACAAAUUCUAAUGGUGGACAAAUUGCCACCGAUGGUCCUCCACCACCUUAUUCACAAGCCGCUGGUCAACAAAAUUCAACCGACAAUAAACAAGUAUUGUGA